GCUAAAAGCCAACGGAUGAAAAAUUCAGAACUCUAGACGUUCAAUAGCGAAGGCUUUCAGCCAAUCAUCGUGUCGCGGGGGGCGCCGUGAUGGCACCAGAGGGAUGCGACUACACAGAAGGAAGGGAGGCCCGGUCGACGACACCACCGCUCUCAUCCCCGCCUCACCCCUUACCACGCUGCGGGGUGCUAGGCCGAUAUUGUCGCGUCUGCGCGAUGUACAAGACAGUCGGACUGGACGGCUCCGCGGCAGAGAGACGUGCCGUCGCGGCGUCGUGUGGCGUCGGGACGCGUGUUAACUCCUCGCCGAUCUUGGUGGAGGCGCCUGACCGUGGUGUUGAUGGCACCCCGGCGACAAUCCGGAUGCUCAUCACGGACGUCCUCGCGCGAUCAUGAACAGCUCGCCGCAGAACACGAGUACCACCGGCACCGGACAACGGCGGACAGCCGGUGUCGAUAACAGCGACGAGGAAGAAUGGAGCGGCGUCGUUGAAUGUGCUGUUCUUGAAAGAACCAAGUCCGAUAGAGUUGCACGCGCUGACGAAGACAGACGUCGCCGGACGAUCAUUGUCGAGAAGAAGAACGGCACGUACGGUUUCACGUUGCAGAGCUACGGGAUACACUACAAGAGGGAGCAGGAAAUAGAGAUGGUAACUUACGUGGAUUACGUGGAAUAUGACGGGCCAGCAUUCAAAGCUGGUAUGCGGGAGGGUGACGUGAUACUGUCAAUAAACGGCCACGAGAUGGACAGGGCCGAUCACAAAACCCUGGUGAACUUCAUCAAGAACUGCGAUACCAGAAUGCGAAUGGUCGUGUCCUUCGAAGAUUGCGUCAGAAAGGUCGAAUUACACAUGCGUUACAUCGAAUUACAACGCGCUCUUCAAUCUCGCCUGAGCGAACUGGAGAGACUGUGCGAAAAAGAGCGGUCUAUUCUAAUGGGACGAUGGAAGACCCAUUCACUGCCAGCGCGGAAAAGAACACCUAACAACAUCGGCACUAAUCCCAGUCAACCAUCGCCCUCUUCUAGCUUCAAUUCUUCCACAAUUCAGUGCUGUCGGCCGGCAACCUCCAGCGAACAUCUUCUGCUUUAUAACGUGUUCGCGGACGGGCGACCGUGUCUUAUACCACGCAGCGCCGCUUGCCUCGUGACAGUUGGACCGCCUCGUUCUCGCAGCGAUCAUCAUCACUUCCUCUCCAAGAUAUCGAGCGAAUCUGCGGUGACCUCCUUGCGCCACAGUUAUCACCAGGCGAACGGUAUGAUGGGCACACCUGCAAAGAGUAAAUCUCACAAGCAGUCCUGCCAGCAGCAGCAACAGCAAUCGUCCGCCGCUGGUGAAGGACCGUCGUUACACUCGACUCCUCAGAAUAAUCUCUGCGUCGCUUGUAUCUCCAGCGCGAAUCGUCGCCGAGAGCAAUCCGACAGCGUUAGCCUAGAUGCUUAUGAUCUCGCCAGCCCCUGCUGCGACCCGAAUUGCGUGCCUAGUCGCCGACGUCGCGAGAAGCAACGACGUGCCCGCAAUGAGCAGGCUCUCCAUCAACAGCAGCAGCAGCAACAACAGCAGGCCAAUCUGCAGCACCAUCACGUUCAAGGACGAGACCAACAGUCGCAGCAGCAGCAGCAGCCUAAUACUCAUAGUUGCCCUCGCACGUCUGGCCAUAGUCUUCACUCAAUUACCAGUAGCGACGUCUCGACGACAGCCGAGAGCGUCGCUUCUUGCUCCACCAGCCUCAGCACCGAUACCCUGUACUGGGACCCGAGUGUGCACCAGCGACCACCGCCGUGCCUUCAGUACGCUAAGCCUAAAUCCUGGGAUAAUCUGACCACCAAAGCCUUCGGAGGUUACGGCUUCGGUUACGGUUAUCUCGACACUGUGACCAUCAAGACUCACAGCGCGGAACGUCCUGGUAAAGGGUCGCACAGCAGCGGCGGCAGCGGUACCAGCCGAUCAAAGACGCCGAUCGUUACCGUGCAACGAAAGAACAGCGGUGCCAGCGGCAGCACCGCGUACUCCACAGUGACGAGUUCGACGGUCAGCCGACACUUCCAGCCGACCAAGUCGACGGAGAGCCUGCUAAUCCCGCCGGGGCCGUACCAGGGUGACCUCGACCAGGCGAGUCUGAGCUGCGAGUGCCUGGACGGCGGAGGCGGUGGCUCACGAUUCGUUCAGUUAGACAAACACAAACGCGCCGACGAGGCAGGAUACCUUCCGCCGACUCACGCACAAGUCAGACAUCGACGGUCUAGUCAUUCCGACGCAAAACUACGGGCUAUCAAUAACUCCGAAGUUACACGAUUGUAAUUUUCUUUAAGUAUAUCUUGAGUCAAGCUACAUGUUAAUAAAGCGUCAAUAUAUAAAUACU